UGCCCUAGUCCUCUAGUCCCCAAAUUCCCAGUACCUUGUGCUCCUUCGGAGGAUACCAUGUUGUUCUUCACCCUCCUGCUAGAGGUGCUUUGGAUCCCGGCUGCAGAUGGGGGUCAACACUGGACCUAUGAGGGCCCACAUGGUCAAGACAAAUGGCCAGCCUCUUACCCUGAGUGUGGAAGCAAUGCCCAGUCCCCCAUAAAUAUUCAGACGGACAGUGUGACUUUUGACCCUGAGUUGCCUGCUCUGCAGCCCCACGGAUAUGACCAGCCUGGCACCGAGCCUUUGGACCUGCACAAUAAUGGCCACACAGUGCAACUCUCUCUGCCCCCUACCCUGUAUCUGGAGGGACUUCCUCAAAAAUAUGUAGCUGCCCAGCUCCAUCUGCACUGGGGUCAGAAAGGAGCCCCAGGGGGGUCAGAGCACCAGAUCAACAGCGAAGCCACAGCUGCAGAGCUCCACAUCGUACAUUAUGAUUCUGAUUCCUAUGAUAGCUUGAGUGAAGCUGCUCAGAGGCCUCAGGGCCUGGCUGUCUUGGGCAUCCUCAUUGAGGUGGGUGAGGCUAAGAAUCCAGCUUAUGAACACAUUCUGAGUCACUUGCAUGAAAUCAGGCAUAAAGAUGAGAAGACCUCCAUGCCUCCCUUCAACGUGGGAGAGCUGCUUCCCCCACAGCUGGGGCAGUUCUUCCGUUACAAUGGCUCACUCACCACACCCCCCUGCUACCAGAGUGUGCUCUGGACAGUCUUCAAUCGAAGGGCCCAGAUUUCGAGGGAACAGCUGGAAAAGCUUCAGGAGACACUGUUCUCCACAGAAGGGGAGCCCCUUGAGCUCCUGGUACAAAACUACCGAGCACCCCAGCCUCUCAAUCAGCGAACGGUCUUUGCCUCUUUCAUCCAAGGAUCCUUGUAUACCACAGGCGAAAUGCUGAGUCUAGGAGUAGGAAUCUUGGUUGGCUGUCUCUGCCUUCUGCUGGCUGUUUAUUUCAUUGCUAGAAAGAUUCGGAAGAAGAGACUGGGAAGCCGGAAAAGUGUGGUCUUCACCUCAGCACGAGCCACCGAGACAUAGACUCCCUCUUGGACAUCAUGGAUGCCUUCCUCUCAUGCCUAUCAGGGAGCUUCUAAAAUGGGGUGCACAGAUUGGCCAGAAAAUACUAUAGGAGUAGUAGGGAGAUACCCCCCCUUCCUCUGGACAGCGCCUACAGAGAGGCAUGGACAGGCUCUCACUCAAGGAAGAACAGCAUAGUCUUCAGCCUCUCAAAACAUAUAGGAGGACAUCAGACAACCCCUAAAUUGACAAAGCAGAGAGCAAGUUAAAUUGUAGGGGAAGCUGGGGAUGUGCCCCAAAGUCCCCCACUCCCUUACCUUUAUGUCCCUUUCCUUAGAUAUAGUGCAGGAUCUCCUUUUAGGAAAAAGGGCUGCUGUUGUUGGGGUUAUAUUUUUUUGCUCAAUAUAUUUGGAAAUUAAAGUUUCUGACCCCACCUCUGGCCUUCUCUUUGGGGCUCUUGAGUAGGAGAGUUCCUUAACCCUUAGGUGGCAGAAGUGGGCAAAGGAUAGGGAAAAAGAAGUACGGGCGAAUAACCACUGGUACCCCAAUUCUAGAAGGGGAGAUCCACUUCUGGACAACACUUAACCGAAAGUUUCUGACAUGUUAGACCACCAGCCCAGAUUUCUGCCCUUGCUCCAAAGCUAUGCUUGGAGGGGAUCAGAGGUUACCAGGUUAGGAAGGAGGUUGGACAAGAGAUG